AUGCGAUCUACACUCCGGCUGCUGGCCAGCGUCAAACCGGCCCGGUAUUUGGAGCCUUUCGCUCCGACCGGUUUGACUGGUCUGCAGACACACCCAAGCCCUCGUCCCACCCUGAUCUACCUCUACACAUCGACGCUGCAGAAGCUAAAGGCUUUCCCUGAAUCCUCGGUCUACCGCCAGUCUACUGAAGCAUUGACCCGCCACCGCCUGCAAAUAAUCGAGUCCACGAAGCCACCUGGAUUUGACGCUUGGCUGGAGCGCGUGAAGAAGACCGUGGGUGCUGAGCCUGAGCGAUUCGUAUCUCUUCGCCAGGCAGAUGGAACUUACGCCGGUGCUUUGCGUGACGACAACAGCGACAACCCCCGUGGAGAGGAAUGGGAUGGAGAAAAGUUGGAAGCAACCACGGAGGGCCCUGCUCGUACACCGGAACAACAGGCCCGCUGGGAGAAAGACUUGGAGGGGGGUACAUCCGCUGCUUCAGAAGCGGAUUCGGAUUUCCACACCCUCCAGAUGAAGUGGGAGAAUGAACCUGCCCUUGAGGCCGAGCAGGUUUCCGAACUCGAGAAGCAGAUUGGCGCAGGUCUUAUUGAGGAGGUUAUCCAAGUGGCCGAGGGUGAGCUGAAACUGGUGGAUGAACUGUACAAGUCCAAGGCCUGGGAGGAAUUGGAAGAGAAGCCUAGACCCGGACAGUGGACUUACUUCGAACGCAAGUAA